UCCUAGGAGUGUCAUGUAACAGCUUAACGUUUUCGUGUGAGAACAGAAAAUGGCUUCAAGGGGAACAUCAGAGACCAGUAAACUAAAACAAAACUUGGAAGAGCAGUUGGAUAGAUUAAUGCAGCAGCUUCAAGAUCUGGAGGAAUGCAGAGAGGAGCUUGAUGCAGAUGAGUAUGAAGAAACCAAAAAAGAAACUCUAGAACAGCUGAGUGAGAUCAAUGACUCUCUGAAGAAGAUAAUGUCUGGAGAUAUGACUUUGGUAGAUGAGCUCAGUGGGAUGCAACUGGCAAUACAAGCAGCCAUCAGCCAAGCAUUUAAAACUCCAGAAGUAAUUAGAAUGUUUGCAAAGAAACAACCAAGACAAUUGAGGACAAGGUUGGCAGAGAUGGACCGAGACUUAAUGGUUGGGAAGCUGGACCGAGAGCUACACACACAGCAGAAAGUGGAAAUCCUGACUGCCCUCAGAAAGCUUGGUGAGAAGCUCACCCCAGAUGAGGAGACGUUCUUGUCCACAAAUGCUGGUGCAGCCCUGAGCCAGUUUGAGAGAGUCUCCACUGACCUUGGAUCAGGUGACAAAGUCUUUGCUCUGGCAAGUUUUGAAGUCGAGAAGGCAAAGCAAUGAAGAGGUGCGUGAGGCUUGUGUCUCUCCAGUUAUCAGCAGCACUGGACUUCUGUCAUAUUGCAUUGGUUUUUUUCUAUUUUUAACAUGUUGGGGGAAUAAGAAACACAAAACAAAACAGAAAAAAUCCCUAAAAUUCUUGGGUUCUUAACCAGAAGAUAUGAAGUAAACAGCCUUAAGUGCACUUUGGAACCUCAUUGACUGUACUCUUUAGUCCUGUCAGCUCUGAGGCUGAACACUGAAGUGGUACUCUGAAAACAAAAGCACGGUGUGACUAUCUUUGGAAAGAAUCAGCUGUUUUGAACUUUUCUGAAUGUGCAUUUCUCUAACUAUUAAAGUGUAAUCUUUUUUUGC